UGUGGUGAAGAGCCGACAGACCUGACACACAGACACAGUGUGUGAGCGGCAGGAUGGGCUCCAGCCGCAGCCGCAUGGACGACAUCCCACACGCCCAACAACUCAUCCAUGAGACCGACUUCUCGGCUGCUCACCUCCUCCGUCUGCAUCAGAGAUUCAAGCUCCUGGACAAAUAUCAGACAGGAGAGCUCCGGCCUCGGGAUUUUGGAGCCAUUCCAGCUUUGGCCCUGAACCCCAUUGGUGACCGAAUCAUUGGUGCCUUCUUCUCCCCAGGACAGGAAACACUGGACUUUCCCUCCUUUGUCAGGAUUCUGGCUCAUUUCCGUCCCACAGAUCCAAACCGAAGCAGAGACGGGACGCAGCAGGAACUGGCCAAUAGCAGGACCAGGAAACUGAAAUUUGCCUUCCAGUUGUACGAUCAGGACGGAGAUGGAAAGAUUUCCAGAGCUGAGCUUCUUCAGGUGCUGCGGGCCAUGCUGGAGACGCAGGUGGUGGAGGAGCAGCUGCAGAGCAUCGCAGAACGAGCCAUCCAGGAGGCCGACCUGGACAAAGACGACGCCAUCUCCUUCGAUGAGUUCAGGAGGUCGCUGGAGAAAGUGAACAUUGAUCACAAGAUGAGUAUUCGCUUCCUGAAGUAAAGACGGGACAUCUGCUCAUCUGAGGAAGAAGCAACAACAAGAAAACGAGAAAACAGAAGUUUUGCUUCAGUCCUUUAAAAACCAGCAACACUAUUCUUAAAUUAAUUAUUUGACAAUACAGUGUAUAAAUCCAAGCACAGGACUUCUAUGAUCCACUUUGUUGUACUUCUGUCCCUCUGAUUUAUUCAACAGAGAUCUGUAAACACAUUUCAUUUGUUUGUCUGCAUUUUAAUAAGGAUCAUCAUAGAUUGUCAUUCCAGUGAAAGUGCAGAUUAGUGAGUUGUGUAUUAUUGUUAAAUAACUUUAUUGUCUUUGUUUUCUUGUUCCCAGUCUCUGAAUGUUUCACACACCAAUCCCUGUUUUCAUCAAUAAAUAUUUAUGAAGUCUA